AUGUUCGCUCCAAGCACCCUCACCGCCAUCCUCCUCGCGGUCUCCGUGAUGGGUGCGCCGGCCCCCGAUGUUGGAGCCGCCACCCUAGCUGCCCGUAACGACUGCAACUGCGAUUUCUCGCAGAGCAUCGAUACGAACCAGAACAUCAACGCCGAACUCUUCACCAAGAAAUUCAAGAAUGCAUUCGGAAACAUGGGAUCUGGCAUCGGCGGCAUCGGAUGCAACAAGCGCGAUUGCGACGGUGCAUGCGACAUGUGCCGGACCUGCAUGUUCAGCCAGAACAUCGACGGAAACAAGAACAUCGACGCCGACGUGCACCACAAGUUCAUCAAGGGCUUCGGCCUCGGAGGUGCCGCCAGCACCGGCUGCCAGAAGCGUGACUGCGGCGGUAGUUGCAAUCAUUGCAUCAACCAGAGCAUCGAGAACAACCAGAACAUCAACGCGAAGGUUUUCGACCGGGUUCACAAGGGAUUCGGCUCAUUCGGCGGCGUCGGCUGCCAGAAGCGUGAUUGCAACGGUGGAUGCGAGGAGUGCCUGAACCAGAGCAUCAAUCACGACCAGAACAUCAAUGCGAAGGUUCACGACAAAGUGAACAAAGCCAUCGGCCCACAGAUCGCCAAGCGAAACAACGGCGGUUGCUGCAACAGCUCCUGCAACAGCUCGCACAACAACAACCACCUUAGCCUCCACCGCGGCGACGGCGACGGCGACGGCAACUGCGACAACCGCGAGAACUGUCGUCAAGGCUGCGGCUGCAGCGAGAACUACGGUAACGGAGGAGGGUGCUGCGGCGGCUGCGGCAACGGCUGCAACAGCAACAGCAACUGCAACCAGCACAACAACAACAACAGCCUUACCAAGCGCAACAACGGCGGCUGCUGCAACAGCAACUGCAACAACUCGCACAACAACAACCACCUGAGCAUCCACCACGACGACGACGACGAAGAUGGGUGUGGCCGCCGUCACCGCGAAAACUGCGAACAGGGCUGCGGCAACUCGGAGUGUUGCAGCAAUGGAGGAGGCUGCGGUGGCUGCGGAGGCUGCUGUAACAGCAACUGCAGUUACAGCAGCUCCAACAACAACAACGACCUCAGCAUCAGUCGCCGCGACCUCUUGAAGCGCAAUCCGUUCAGCGGCGGCAACGGCAACGGCGGCGGCUGUGACUGCAACCGCGAGUUCAGCCAGAGCAUCGAUCACAACCAGAACAUCGAUGCCAGCGUCUUCACCAAGAUGCAGAAGUCGUUCAGCAACUUCUUCGGCGGCGGCGCCGCCGCCAAGCGCUCCAUCGAGAAGCGCUCCGAGGACUGCUGCCAGGGCAAUAACUGCAGUUCCUGCUGCAACAACGGUGGCUGCAACAACGGCUGCUGCGGCAAUAACGGCAACAACGGCUGCUGCUGCAACAACUCCAGCAGCUCCGACUGCUGCGGCGGCGAUGAGUGCCGCGACGAGUGCCGCCAGGGCUGCAACAACUCAUACUGCAACAACAACGGCUGCUGCAACAACGGGUGCUGCGGCAACAACGGCUGCUGUAACAACGGCUGCUGCAAUAGCUGCAACAGCAGCUGCUGCUCGAACUCGCACUCGUAUGAGUGCUGCGACAGCUGCACCAACAAUGGGGGCUGCAACAAGAAGCGCGACGAGUCCGCGUGCGCCGGCAACUGCCGCACCCAGGGCAGCCGCAACUCCGGCUCCGACCACUCCCACCACCGCACUGGCGCCGUCAGCGGCAGAGGCUACCGCUACACCAACGGCAAGCGUCAGGCCGCGACUGUCGUUGACGUCGUGCCUGAGGCUCCCGCGGUAGAGGUCGACCCUGCCACUCCCGUCGUCGAUGUCCCCGCGACCGAGACCGACGUCGUCGUUGCCGCCCCCGCCGUCGCCGCUCCCGUCGUCGCCACUCCCGCCGUCCCCGCCGCGGCCGUUGUCACGGCGGCAUAG